AUGGCUAGCUACCAAUACCUUAGCUAUGUAGAUCUGUACAAAAUUAAUAAUAUUAAUUUGGACCCCUUCACGGAAGUCUUCAAUGACAAAUUUUAUCUGAGGUAUAUUUACAAAUGGCCUCACAUGAAUAUUGUUACGAAAGAGAUGGAUGAUCAUAUAAGUGGUUACAUCAUAGGUAAAGAAGAAGGACUGGGGGAGAACUACCAUGGACAUGUGACGGCCUUGUCCAUUGAGGAGGACAGUCGCAGAACGGGCAAGGGUGUAGACCUAAUGAAUGAAUUUGAAAAAAUUUCAAGAGGUAUACACAUGGCUAACUUUGUGGACCUGUUUGUUCGCAUCACGAACGAGCCAGCUAUCACCAUGUAUGAAAAGCUCGGUUACAUUGUUAACGAAGAGAUCGUCAACUACUACUGUGGCAAUGAGAGUGCCCUGGACAUGCGCAAGUACCUGAACGUACCAGCGGGCGCCUGCGUGAAGUGA